AUGAGGGGUCUGAUUGCUCUUCUCCUGGUGGCUCUGUGCCUCGAGGGCCUCAACGCAGCAUGUCCUGAUCAUGCCACACUGAAAGACGACCAUGGCAGCAAACUCUGUGCCCAGAUGUUUGAGCACAGCAGCUACUACUAUGACGAGAGCUGCACUGGCAGUUUUCUGAAUGUGUAUCCUGAUGAAGACACCCCCAUCAUGCCAAAGACCUGGGAGAACCAUGUAUCCUCUUUGGUGGUGAGACGCGGAUGCUCACUGACAGUAUGGUCCAAAUCCAAGAAGAAGGGAAACAAAAGGAAGUUUCUUGCUGGUGUUGUCUACCACCUGAAAGAAGUGAAGAGAGGCCUGUUCGGAAACUGGAAUGACGCCAUCUCUGGAUUUUACUGCACAUGCUAG